AUGAUCCAACGUCAGCGUUCCAGCGGGGUACGCAUUGCCACUACCACUACCACUGUCACCGUCGCGUGCACCGUCGUCGUCCGUGCGGUUGAUGUCUCUGCCAAGGCCAAGGUCAACGGCAACGGGCAACGGGCAACAGACAACGAUGACGGCGACGGUCGGCGACGGUCGGCGGCCGGAUUCGACAUGGAGAAACCUCGGGGCCCAAGCCGAGGCAAGGACGGCCGUGAAAGCCGGGCCGAACGAUGA